AAAUUCAUCACUACCUUUUUAAACAUAGUCACAUGCAAAAUCAUAACUAUUUUCAACUAACUUUUUACCGCUCGCCUGUGAAAUGAACCAGGUUUGGGUGUUCUUUAAACUCAUUGAGGUAUUGCUGGGCAGUGUGUGUAUGUUUUUCCACAUACGCGGCUCAUUGUACUGGCCUGAGCGUAUUCCGCACGUGAUCUUAUACUGCGCCACAUUCCUGUCCUUCGCAGUGCUCGCCGCACUGGGGGCAUUCCGACUGAUGCUUACACGGAGUUCGGUGCUCUCCUCGCAGUUCCUGCUAACACUGAGCGCCGUGAUCGCGCACUACUUCUGCGGCGUGUUAAUAAUGCAGACCGCCAUGCAGGACCCGCACCUGGCUGCGAUCAACUCCAGCACCGAGUACCUGGAGCACCCGCACUUUGCGCACUGCAAGCAGCAGAGCAUCGCUGCGCUGAUAACAGGUACCAUGUACCUAAUGCACAUGUUCCACGUGUUUGACCUACUGAUGCGUAUGGAGCCCGGGGACUGGCGUCGCCAGGCGACGGGACGAGAGUUCUCCGAUAGGACUGAAGCUGAAGCGGGUCGCGCUGCCGGGUUGUUCGUACUUUCCAAACCGGUGGACGACUUUCUGUGCAACUGCUGUAGGUGCUACUUAAAGCUGGCCUACUCCCAGCCCCUGAGCUUUCGACUGAACGCGGAGGCGGAGCAACCGCACAUUGUGGCCCGUAUGUGGCAAAUUAUGGGAGAGGCGCGCAGAAAGUUCUUUUCACUGCAACAUGCCGAGAGCGACGAGAGUUUUCUGUCCACGCCAACUAUAACCACCAGUGACUCGGAUAUAGUAGCAGUGGUCUCCGAAUACUCCGCUUCGAUGGAGGAGGAGUCCCGUAAACGUCGCAGAUCCUCCUCCACCUGGCGUGGCACCAGCGAUUCUUCUAGCCUGUGGGCCUUGAUCGAGGACAGAAGCAGUCUAAGCAGCCUAGCUUCAACAAGGUCCAGUCAGAAUAGCGAAGCCACAAUGAGACCGGGUGGAAUGGAUCGCAGGUUGAACCGGCGACCAAAUGUUCGCGCAGACUCCGAGAAAAGGGAGAAGUCGGAGAUUCUGUUGGUAGAACAGGGUUCGAGCUAUGGUCGCCUCAGAACGUUGAGCAAUGCUGAGAUGCUCAAUAAGCAAAGAGAUGUACAACCAGAUAAGGAGAUUGAUAAAGAAUCACAGAGGGAUUCGGCAAAGUCAACCCGGGGUAAAGAAAAAAAAGUUAAAGUUGCAUCCGAUCGCACAAGCUUUGCUGAAUCGCUUAAUAAGCCUAGAGAUGAAAGCCAAAUUAAGGAUUCAGAUGAAAAAUUCGCAAAGAAGUCGUCCAGGUUAAGCCGAGACACAAAACAAAAUUUAGAAGUAGCACCCGAUGAAGCAAAGAGAGUCGAGGAAAAUAAUGAUGAAAAUUUUCAGGGUACUUCCAACAAUAAAAAGGCAACCAACAUUGGCACUGGCAAUGAAGAGUAAAUUAUCCUUCAUAAAAAAUGAAAAUAUGCAAGCGCUGGAAGGCCAAAAAAUGUAAAUGUAAUAGCUUUUUUUCUCAACCAAGCAUUUAAAUUCGUUUUUCAAAAGCACUUGCGUUAUGGAAAUUGAGAAUUAAGUAAAAAAAACAAAAUA